AUGGACGGGAAGCCGGGCAAGCCGCUCCUCGUCUGGCUGGCUCAGAGCCCGUCCGUCAUUCACGAUGCUUCAAAACGUCCGUCGUCCCCGGGGUUAGCGGACUCGGACUCCAUGGGCGCACCGUGGCUCCGCCGCCACGCACGCCCACCGCAACCGCGCGACGGAACACUGGGCUGCGUGUGGGGGGUGGGCGCUGGGUCCCACGGCAAUACGGGUCCCGCUCCGCUCGACACAACCUGGAAAUGUGAUGCAUAUCAUGAGAAGUCGCACCGCGGGGCGUCGCAUUGCGCUGCGGGCCAUGCCCGGACUGGCACUGCUCGGAACACGGCGGUGACGUGGAAGAAGCGCAGUCACCCGUGA